GUAUUUUUUGUCUUUCUUUCUGUGUAAAUCGGUCCCGUGUCCCAUCCCGUUUCCCAAGACUCUAUAAACGAUAAACGAAUGGGGGGUUUGUUUCCUGCCGGCCCAAGAGACAAUCUGCCCUACUCUCUUCGGGUGUUGUACUCAAUGAUGUAAAAAAGAGAAAAUGAAAAUGAUCCAGCGCCUAUUGCUCGUCCUCCCAGAGCUCCCCUUAGUGUGGGGCUUGUUUUGGUUGCGAGAGUUGGCAAUCGGCGUGUGGGAGAACAGAUCAACUGCUUUGAAGACACUGAGAGUUCGGCGAGUAGAGUCGAGAAAGGAUGAGAGCGUUGGGAUACAGAUAGAAGGGGAGACACUGGAUGGGAGGGGAGGGCCGUCCAACUUUAUAAGUUUGGAUUACACCGGAGGACACGGGAGGUGUGAGCUUGGCUGACCUGGUCGCAGACCACCCCCUUCCACCCGGCCCACGGGCAAGAAUUCAAAGGUAAGGUGACGGGUAGCUUGCCGAGUCA